GAAAACGUAAGUCCUGCGGCUGCGACCGCCUGAAGCACUCGGUGUACCACGAGGAGCUGUGCUCGGUGCGCGAGCGGCUCGGGCUCCGCGACUCACGCGUCAACCACCACUCGUACGACAGCCCCCCGGGACUUACUGCUAAGCAGACGGAGCUGUAUUGGACAUCGUUAGCCGAGCGGGCGCCGACCGGCAUAGGUGGCGCCACCGGCCAGGCCGCCUGGCGCGCCUGGAGGACUAAGGCGCUGGCUAGCCAGCUACCGAAGCAGGAUCUCUCACUGGCUCACUGCAGACACGUUGAUGAUGGUCACCGCAAACAGUAUGAAGAUUUUGUUGCGGCACGGAACGAAAUUGCACUUGAUAUUGGCCUGGCUAGUCAGCAUCACGGUUCUUCAGUGGAGUGCAUGGGAUGCAAUAAACCGAUUCGUAGUGGAAACAUAACCAUUCAAGCUCCAAGGAUAGGCGAAGAUGCGCUGUUCCACCCCGUGCGUGCUUCGUGUGCGCGGAGUGCGAGGAGCUGCUGGUGGAGCUCGCGUACUGCGCUGGACGGGCGGCUGUACUGCGUGCGCCACUACUCCGAGCGACUCGCCGCGCUGCCACGCCUGCGAUGA